UCAAAAAAAUGGAGAUGAAUGCUGAUGCUGCAAAAGCUCGACCUAAUUCAAGCUGUGAAAUUGCCUGUUUUGACAGUAUAAGAGACCUCCUGCAUGCUCCAUUUUAGCACACUUUUGUUCUGUGCCAUUCUCACCCUGCCUGCUGCUGUUAGGUGGAUCUGUGUAGGAAUGGUUGCACCCUGGGUGGGAUUCAAUCACAAGCUCUCCGUUCUGCUUCUGUUUGCCACUCCUGGUUAGAUUUUCGGUGAGGAUAUGGUGGUGGCGACACACCCUCUUGCUAUUAAAACGCUCUAGGGCUGUGAACGCCUCACUGAUUUAUUCAUGUAAGACUGAUACAUGUAGCAUUUACACAUGGUCUUUUUGAUACCAGUAUGAUAUCCUACUUUUUAUCUCAAUUUUAAACGAGGUGUGCAACAAUUUCAUAAGCAUUUUCCACCCUCUUUCUGACUGUAGAGCUCAUCAGACUGCUUUCGCAACUGUACCUUUAAGACUGCUAUAUAUAAAUGACCUCUGUUAUGAUUUACAGGCGUUCCUGUAGGUCAAACAAUGGAGCAUGAGUGCUAGCAAUGACAACAGCAGGAAUUCAAUUCCCAGGCAAUGCAACCUUGAAUGCAGUGUACAUCAGUUUGGAAGAAAGCAUCAGCCGUAAAUGUAAAUAUAGAAAUUUACUAGACUUUGUUUACUGGCUUUGUUCACGUUCAUUCAAAACCGAAUAGGUGUUGAUAUUUAUAUAGACUGACAUCGUUGUCAUGAUGAAUUCUGCACAAGUCAAACUACAUUUAGAGGUAGUCAGAAACAAAUGUGGAAAACUGCAAAGAACUGUCAAUUAAUAGACCGUUGAACUAAACUUGGGUGGUUGUGUGCAGUUUUAGAAAAAAAUGAGAAAAAUAAAUCAAAAAUGAGGAAAACACAAACAUGACUUUUCGUAAUUACUUUGGUUUGCCUAACAUCAAAAUAUCAUAGUCUAUAUUGAACUUAUUUUUAAUAAUAUGACCACUUGAAAAAGUGCUCUUGAAUCUUUUUUGCUGACUGCGGAAUAUCUAAAACAUGUCAGCUUAUUAUCAAAGUGUGUUUUCCACUCUGAAUGCAAGUCAGCAUCAUUUAGCUUUUCCAGAUCCUGUUGUGCAAGACCUUGACGAAACGGGUCAUGACUAAGGAUAAGAAAAAUCAUCUGGCGGUCCGUUGGCUCUCUGAGCUCGUUCCUUUUGAUCAUGUUCAUUAAACGUGGAUAGCAUGAGUCCUUAAGCUAGGUAGACAAGAGACACCAUACAAAGCGAUGUUCAGCUUUCAGCCUUCAUAAACAAGGUGGCGCAUGAACUCUCCAAUCCAAAGCCUAAUUGAAAAGAAGUGGCUAAUCUCAGCAGCAUGUCAAACUGUCCUUUUCUUACCCACCAUUCCUUUGAAGGUGGAGACGAGGUAAAAUGUUAUGCAUACUGAUAGACUUUAGCUUCUCUGGAAUUUUUUUCCCCCUCCUCUCCUUUGCGCCUUCUCUUCAUCUCUCAUAUACUAGGCCCUCAAGACUUCUUGGCUGCUGUGAUAUGAAUUAAAGAUGAAUCUUUCUUUUCCCUCUAUAACUUUCUUGCUCAGAUACUCGGUGUCCUCUGAUACUUUUUCUCCUUCAAAAAUGGAAUCGUGUUUGGCGUACUGGCAGAAAUUAGUCAAGCCUCUAUCUAGACUUGACUUGAAGGCAAGCAUAUAACUAUUACUAUUGCUCAUAUUUGGGCUUAGGGAUUUGAAUGAACUCCUAACCCUAAAUAUUACACCUUAGCGUGUAACUCAUCUCGCACUUCUUGUGCUAUGGAUGUGAAUGAUUGCUCAAAUUGUGUGUCUUGUUGAGAAGAGUUGUGCUAUGGAGUUCAAUUUAGUUCUGAAAAUAGAGCAAAUUAAUGUGUAUAUAGAGGAAGUUGUUGCAGAAUUGGACCAGCUCAGAUCAAACCACAAAACCAAAAAAAAAAAUUAUUUUUUUCUUUUGAAAGAAUAUAGGUUUGGGGUAGAUUUUUGUCUUGGGCCAUCUAGCAGCCAUAUAACAUUAAGCUAAAAACUUUAGCAAUUGCAUAUUAACACCCUGGCAACCACCCAGAAUAUCCUGCCAACUACAUGCCAACAAGUUAAAAAUAAAAAACAUAUAACUGACCAUGUAGCAAUAGCAAUGCAUAAUGCAAUAGUAACGCAUCAUGGCAUUGAGUUCUGCAUGGGAUGCACCACGCGUUUUCUGAAGAAAAUGAAAAUCUAGGUGUUAUUGCAUCAGAUGAUUCUUUAUUUUCUCUCGGUUUUGUUCAGAGGUUGAUAACUGAAUGUAACAGCUGACGCUCGUGACUUUCGAAUGGUUGAUUAAAGCGGUGUCUGUUUUCUCAGUUUCAUCAGUAAAACCAGAAAGGCAACAGCUACAGGCAUCAUGCAUAAUUUAGCACCUAACUUCUUCACAUGUCUAUUACUUUUUAUCAGCGCGCUCAUAGUUUCACACACUCUUUCUUUCUCUCUCUCUCUCUCUCUCUUUCUGUUUCCCCACUUACCAUCUCCCUCUCUUUCCUUCUAUCUCUCCAUCUCAAAUCUUGAUAAUUCCGAGGAACACUCCAUGUGUUCUCAUGUCAUCUUGCGGCAGUCAGGAUUGGCCAGUAAACAGUGAGUCAGACACCCAGAGGCUGACGCAAACACCAGCAAAGGAUCUUAAUGAUAACAGGAACCCGCAUCUGGCGCACUUUGCAGGUGAGGGGGUGCCAUGCCAGCUGCUGCUCCCCUGUUGCUGCUCCUCGCCAUCUUGUGGUGGCCUCUGGUACUGCCUCUGGCCCCCAGUCAUCUUCAGAGCCCCCCUACAUUCAUCACCCUUAAUGGCUCCCGCCUCAAUCACCUCCUGCUCGACACCCAUUCGGGCCACGUCUACGUGGGGGCGGUAAAUGUGCUCUAUCACCUCUCCCCAGACUUGCAGCUGCUCUCCUGGGGCAAAACGGGGCCUAAACUGGACAGCCCGGACUGCCUACCCCCAAUUGACCCCACCGAUUGCACCCAGGCGGAAACCACAGACAACACCAACAAGCUUCUGUUGCUGGAAGAGGUCAAAGAAGGGGAACAACGCAGACUGAUUGUGUGCGGGACGGUCCUGCAGGGCAUCUGCGAGAAGCGAAGCUUGAAGAACGUCUCUCAGGUGCUAUACAAGACCGACAACCCCGUGGACACGCAGUAUGUGGCAGCAAACGACCCUCGAGUGUCCACGGUUGGUGUGGUGGUGGAGCAGAAAGAUGUCCUGCUUAUGCUUGUUGGGCGGGGCUACACCAGUAAAGGACCUGGUGGGAUCCCGCCAAUCACGAUGCGACGCUUAACCGCAGUCGCCCGGCACUCUGCACCAGUAUUUUCCCAUGAAGAACUUGGAAAGCUGGUUGUCGGUAGCUACUCUGAAUACAACAACCACUUUGUGAAGGCUUUUCCCCACAAUAACUAUGUCUAUUUUGUGUUCUCUCGGCGCGACGUGUGGGGCAAACGAGAAUAUCGGACGUAUGUUUCAAGACUCUGUGCAGGUGACCCCAAUUUCUACUCUUAUGUGGAGGUGCCGCUAUCCUGCGGUGGAGGAUACAAUCUGGCACAGGCAGCCGUACUUGGCUAUCAUCGCGAACAACCCACGCUGUUUGUGGCUAUGGCCAUGGGGCAGGCAUCGACUCCCACGCCCACAGACCGGUCGGCUCUUUGUGUGUACAAGGUGGAGGAGCUGGAUAAAGCCCUGCAUGGCGCCCAGCUACUGUGUUAUACACAGGAGGGCAAAGAUGCCAAUAACAAGGAGGAGGCGUAUAUAGAGUACGAAGUGUCCUCCAAUUGUCUGAAGCUCCCGCAGGACUCUCUGAAUGAGUACCCAUGCGGAGGUGAACACACACCCAGCCCCAUCGCUAGCGCCGUUGCUCUCGAGGCCAUGCCCGCUUUCACCUGGACUCCUCCCAUCACUGCUGUCACAACAGCAACUGAAGUUGGCCACACCAUAGUACUGCUAGGAGACAAAAAUGGAAGGCUGCACAAGGUGUUCUUGCAUGCAAAUGGUACCGGUACCAAAUAUGACACAGUGGAGGUGGAUGUUGAGAGUCCCAUUAACGCUGACCUGCUGUUGGACUCCACCAAACAGAACGUCUACGUAUUAACUGAAAGAAAGGUUACAAAGCUCCAUGUCGCUCAGUGUGAGAAGCAUUUAGACUGCCACUCCUGUCUGUCUAAUAGAGAUCCCUACUGCGGCUGGUGUUUGCUGGAGGGCAGAUGCACAAGGAAGAUGGACUGUGCACGGCACGCUCAGCCUCACCACUGGAUCUGGAGCUACAGCCAUGACCGCCAGUGUGUGUCCAUAGAGAGUCUAAAACCCUCCAUCCAGAGCAGGGAAGAGCAGACACAGGUCUCUUUCACAGUUCUACAGUUGCCGGUCUUGUCAAAGGAUGAGUCUCUAUCUUGCGCUUUUGGGAGUUUGGCUGCUCAGCCUGCGGUUGUCAUGGAGAACAGAAUCACAUGUCAAUCACCGGCUCCAGAGCAGCUCCCCCCGAGUCCGCCAGGCAACGAUCACGUAUCUGUUCAAAUGGCACUGAAGUUUGGAGACGUGACCAUCACGCAUACAAAUAUCACUUUUUAUGACUGUAAAGCAGUCGGACGGCUCAACGCUACCUCACCGUGCAUGGCGUGUGUUAGCAGUAUAUGGCCGUGUCAUUGGUGUGUGAAGGAUGAGCUCUGCACUCAUGCUAAGAGCUGCCCUCGUCAGCACAUCAUCUAUAACAGCAGGGAGCAGUCAUCGCCCGGCGGGCCCGACUCUUGCCCCUGCGUCUGGGCCCUGCAGAGCUCCCCUCUGGUUCCUGUUGGCUUUGACACUGAGCUCUCUCUGCAGGGCAAAAACCUGGACAUAUUUGAGGAUGAGAAAGAUUAUGCUUGCAUGCUGGUCAUCGAAGGCCAGGAGCUGCGCUUGCCGGCCACGUUGGACCUCAGAAAAGAGACGGGGACACAUGUGUUCAAGUGUGCCGCUCAUCAGUUUCGUUACUCAGGAAAGCAGUUUGAAUAUUCCGCUCCUGUAUAUCUGCAAUGGGGGACGCAGCGUAUAGACUCAGCACCACAUCUCCGCUUGCAGCUGUACAACUGCUCAGUGGGACAGUCCGACUGCAGCCAGUGUCGUGCGGUCGCAGCCAAUUAUGGAUGUGUGUGGUGUGCCGAAGAAACCCCCGGCUGUGUGUACAACCAAUCCUGCACCAGUGGAACCAUGGACACCUGUCCUCCUCCUCUAAUUACUGAGGUCGAGCCGCUGACUGGGCCACUGGAGGGCGGCAUCCUGCUGACUAUCCAGGGAUCAAAUCUGGGACAGAGCUUCCAGGACAUCCAGGCAGGAGUAACUGUGGCAGGGGUGACCUGCACACCUCUGCCCGAGGCCUAUCGCAUUUCCACCAGUAUUGUGUGUGAGCUCCAGGCCAGCGCAAAUGUCACAGCCGGACCGGUCAUCAUCACCGUCAGAGGUUCAGAGAAAGGAGAGUCCCAGCAGACGUUCUCAUAUCAGAAUCCACAGCUGAGCAGGAUUGUACCAGAAAAAGGGCCUUUAGCUGGGGGCACGAUGCUAACGGUCCAUGGGUCGCAGCUCCUGACGGGACAACGAACAGAACAAAGGAGCGACCAAAUCACUGGCCUGGAGGCCUUCUUGGGCUCAAAGCCCUGUCGCAUCAAUGAAGUGAGUGACACACGGCUGAUUUGUCGCACCAGUCACUCCAACCAAACUGGAAGAGUGCCAGUCAAAGUAGUGUUUGGAAAAGCAGAGAGGAUUUUGAAUGGUGUUCUUUUCAGCUAUAUGGAAGACCCAGUGAUUACUGAUGCUACACCUACAGAGAGUUUCUACGGGGGUGGGCGUCUUAUAUACGUGACUGGCCAAAACCUGAAUGUCGUUCAGCAGCCAAAGAUGUCAGUCUCUUAUGAGCCUAGAGAGAGAUCAGAAGUCAGAAGACGUCGACACACCCACGUUUCUGUCAGGAAUCCCUUGGUUAUGAUUCAGGAUUUGUGCACCAACGUGACCUCGGAGAGGAUGAUUUGCAAGAGCCCUGCGGUGGAGCCGAAAUCCAGGAUAGUGCGAGUGUGGUUCGAGAUGGACAAUGUGCACAUCGACUUUCCCACCAUCAAGAAAAAGCCGUUCACGUACCACCCAAACCCAGACUUAUUCCAGCUCAACAGUGAGUCGAGAGGAACACCCAUCCGAUUCAAACCUGGAGGAGUCCUGGCCGUAGAGGGUAAGGGACUGACACUGGCUAUGAGCAGAGAGGAAGUUGUGGCCCGGCUAGGGGACAAAGAGUGUGACGUCAAGACUCUGGAUAACACACACCUGUACUGUGAACCUCCUGAGGAACAGCCUCUCGCCCUGGACGACAGUGAUUUACCUAGACUGAAGGUGUUAAUGGGAAGCCUGGCGUUUGACUUGGGUCCAGUGCAGUAUGACAAUGAUUUACACUCCUCGGUGCCUCUGGCAGCUCAGAUCGGCCUGGCAGCGGGGGCCGCGGUGGUCGUUCUCAUCGUGCUGGUUAUCAUUCUCAUGUACAGGCGGAAGAGUAAACAAGCUCUGAGAGACUAUAAAAAGGUUCUGGUGCAGCUGGAGACUCUGGAGAUAAAUGUUGGAGACCAGUGCAGGAAAGAGUUCACUGAUCUGAUGACAGAGAUGAUGGAUUUGAGCAGUGACGUUGGUGGUCCUGGCAUCCCCUUUCUGGAUUACCGCACAUACGCAGAGCGUGUUUUCUUCCCCGGCCAGAAGGGUGCGCCACUGAGUCAGAAUCUGGAUUUGCCGGAUUCUCGCAGACAGACGGUGGAGCAGGGCCUGGGUCAGCUCAACAACCUGCUCAACAACAGACUCUUCCUUAUACGGUUCAUUCAUACUCUGGAGGCGCAGCAGAGUUUCUCGCAGAGGGACAGAGGUUACGUGGCGUCUCUUCUCACGAUGGCCCUUCAUGAUAAGCUGGAAUACUUCACGGAUGUCAUGAAGACCCUGCUGGGGGAUCUAGUGCAGCAAUACGUGGCCAAAAACCCCAAACUCAUGCUGCGCAGGACAGAGACUGUUGUGGAGAAGAUGCUGACCAACUGGAUGUCCAUCUGUCUCUACUCUUUUCUCAAGGAGGUUGCUGGUGAGCCUCUCUACAAGUUGUACAGGGCUAUUAAAUACCAGGUAGAUAAAGGACCAGUGGAUACAGUGACGGGCAAAGCCAAACGCACUCUCAACGACAGCCACCUGCUCAGAGAGGACAUUGACUACUGCUCAGUGACUCUGACUGUGCUGGUGAAGAGCGGUGUGGAGGUCCAGCCCUGUCCUGUUAAAGUUCUGGACUCUGACACCAUCACUCAGGUUAAAGACAAAAUCCUGGACCAGAUUUAUAAAGGAGCACCAUACUCUCAAAGACCAGCUGCAGACUCACUGGACCUUGAGUGGCGAUCGGGCCAGGCGGGUCACCUGACUCUUUCUGAUGACGAUGUCACAGCCAUCGUUCAGGGUCGCUGGAAACGGAUCAACACUUUACAGCACUACAAGGUGCCUGAUGGGGCCACUGUGGCUCUCAUUCCUCGUUCCCAGAGUUCUCUUGGAGUAAAUCAGUUCUAUCAGACUGGAGAGAAAACUCCCAUGCUGGAGGGAGAGGAGGAGGAAGGUCUUCGUCUGUGGCAUCUGGUGAAGCCGAGCGAGGACCCCGAGAUCCCCAAACAUAGGAAGAGCAGCAUGAGAGAGAGGGAGCGGGCAAAAGCCAUUCCUGAGAUCUACCUUACACGACUGCUUUCUAUGAAGGGCACUCUGCAGAAGUUUGUAGAUGAUGUCUUUGUAGCCAUACUGAGUACGAAACGGCCUCCACCCAUCGCUGUCAGAUUCUUCUUUGACUUCCUGGACGACAUGGCAGAAAAACACGGGAUUGAAGACCCAGAGACCGUUCACAUAUGGAAAACAAACAGCUUACCUUUGCGUUUCUGGGUCAACAUCUUGAAGAAUCCUCAGUUUGUCUUUGACGUGCAGGUGACGGAUAGCGUGGAUGCCGUCCUCUCCGUUAUCGCACAAACCUUCAUUGAUUCCUGCACUACAUCCGAGCACAAAGUGGGCCGGGAUUCUCCAGUGAAUAAGCUGUUGUAUGCCCGAGAAAUCCCACGGUACAAGCAGCUGGUGGAGAGGUACUACAGUGAUAUUCAUAACGCUGUGUCCGGCUGUUACCAGGAAAUGAAUUCAACCCUCACAGAGCUGUCAGGAAGCUUUGCAUCCGAGAUGAACAGUUUGGUGGCGUUGCAUGAGCUGUACAAGUAUAUCAACAAAUACUACGAUCAGAUUAUCAUGUCUCUGGAAGAAGACGCUGCGGGUCAGAAGAUGCAGCUGGCGUAUCGGCUUCAGCAGGUCGCCGCCCUGGUGGAGAAUAAAGUCACUGACCUUUAGGCUUUGACCUUUCACCUUGUCGUCUAAACUCAUCAAUAAUCACGUCUUCUCAUGUGAUCGGCUGAUGAAAUGCACCCACUACGCCAAACACUCGUGUGCUUCCACAACCGUUCACAUAAACAACCUGCAUAUUCUUAACAAAGGGAACAAGAAAUGAAGUAAUGAUCACUUUCUUUCCGAUAAAACCUUAAUGGGAAUUUUAUUGGAGAAGGAUUGCUUUUCAGACUGAGGCGUUGAACGAUUCACAGGAGUAUUGACUGACGGGAAGUGUGUGUGUGUGCAUGGUUAAUUGUGAUGUGUUUGUCUGAAAGGCUCUGUUGUAUAUAUGAAGUUUACCUAAUUCAAAUUCUGACACAAGACUAUUUUAAUGAGACUACUGAAGCAGCUCUCACAUAUUGUGACGUGCUGAGACAUUUUAUACCAUUUCUGUUUCCACGAACCAACGAAACUGUACAGUCAUGUCAGCACUGCGGACAAAUCCCACAUUUACUUUUUACUUCUACUGUACAUGGAGUAUUUCGUUCCAGGUUUAGAAAUGUUCUACUCCUCCACAAUCAAAGCCCAAACUCAUAGACUGUCCUUGGGACGUGUGGUGUUAACCUUUUAUACUAACAUUUCUACAUUAGUAUUGCAGAUCAAAACAAGUAUUAAGCUUUUACAGGGACUGUAGAGUAAGUCUAUGCACACAAGUGCCAUAAGUUAUAAGAGCACAAUAUUUGUGUGCACGUUAUUGUGUAGCUUUAGGUGUGCAUGCAAAAAAAGACAAAAUGUCACAGUUUUCAGGUUUUCCGCUGUUGUUGGUAUCUCAAAUAUCUGGAAUUUCUCAAAGUUGUUAAAUGUGAUCAUCUGAAUUUGGUUUGUAGUGCCAUAAGCUGAUUAAUUACUUCAUCAAGCAGAUUUCUGAUAGAUCUCUAUAAAAUAUGGGUCUGGGUCACAUUUCACUCCCAAAUCAACAGAUAAAGAAUUAAGAAAUUAUAUUUUGCACAAUAUACCUUAUUCUUAAGCUUCGACUAAUAUAUCAUUGUUUUUUUUUCCAGUAAUAGGCUUUUGAAUUGCUUCUUAAAUCUUAUAAAGAUGUUGCAAUGCACAACAUCUUUCAAUUCAAAUUAAAUUUUCGAUUUAGGCAUGAAAUAAAUCCCAGAUCUUUGCAGGUUUUGUGAGAUUCACCCACACUUACAGUGAAUGGCAUUGAUUUCCUAAUGCCUGCUUUGUAUUUAAUGGCAAAAGCAAGAACAAUUCAAGAUUCAAUCUCAAGCAUUUUGAGUCUCAAAUGAAAUCGCAAUGCAGCUGGGUUGGCCAGUCUCUUGGGAGGUAUUGACACAAAACUGGGACAGUUUGGGUCAUUGGAUUUCGAGUUGGCAAAUGGAGAAUAGCAUCUUUAUUCGCUUGGUCCCAGUGAUUAGAAAAGCAGCAGUCGGAUUGAAAGUUGUGUGCAUCAGACACUGAAUAAAAACUAACUUAUAUUGUAAAUAAUGCUUAUUUAUACAUGACCGCCAAUGUGCCUUCUUUGUUACUUUUUAUAAUGUCUACCGAUUUAAGUAAACAUGCUUGACAUUUCUUGCCAAAUGGAGGAAAAGAUGAACUGCGGCACAACUGUUGCCUGUUGUGAAGAUCAUACGGGGCUUUUAGUCUCUGGACUGCAGCGCGUCUCAGGAUUACAGCCGGCGAUCUCAGUGGAUUCGGAAUAAACCCAUGUGUAGCUCAAUCAUUUCUAGUUUGCCCCACCAGCUCAUUUCCUGGAGCGAUCUGUAUUCACCUUGUUGUCACAGGUGAAGAUUGUGUAAAUUAAAUUGUAUUUAGCUUCUUAAAACGGUCAUGAUUUGUUUUUCGCCUGAAGCACUUUGUGUUUACAUUUUGGCUCACCCACAAUGUCUAAUUUUUUUGUAGUUUGAUCAUGAAGCUGACGUCAUAUGCUUUAACACAAUCCCUUUUGUGUAUAGAACUUAAAAUAAUGAAUUCGAUGCUAUCUGGACAUCUCAAAUGUAUUUUUGAAGGCUUCCCUGUUCCUGCAUUUAUUUAUGUAAUUUUGAGCUAUUACGCUUCAUCAUACUAAUGUAUGCACAGAGUUGUGUUUUAAAAAUGGGAAACGUAUUAGUUUGCUCAUCCUGUGUAUGUUUAUUAGCCUGUUGUUGAAUGUGUUUGGCCUCUUGGUGUAUUUUUUGAUUAUUAUAGGCUGAUGCAUGCUUGAGAUUUGAUUGGAUUUUCUGAUUGGGGUGCUUUAUGAGAGGUUCACUCGAUGGACUGCGUUAUGAGUGCAUGACUCUCAUAAGAACACAGAAGAAAGCGUGUGUGUAUGCAUGAGAGUUUGUAAGUAAUUGUAGCGCUUCGUUGACGGUGAGGUUUUUUUGGAGAAUCGCCUGUUAUGUCCAGUUUUCUCUAAGAGAAUCCUGCAAAACCUUCUUUUUGUACAGUCUUGCGAUUUCCUGUUUUGGCAGUUGUGUGGAAUAUGGCUUUGUAUCUUUGCAGAUAAACAAUUCAGACCAUUGUUUAGAGAAUUGUUGGUGUAUAUGGAGCCCUUGCCCGGCACUGAGUUUUACACAACUUUUAUACAAGGGUAAAAAAAAAAAUAAUAUAUGGUAAUUUUCUAAUGAAGUUGGGGUUAAAAGAGAACUUAAACCCAGUCUAAAGACUUUACUCUUUUGUAUUUGUAUUGUGUAUAGUUUGCUAACAAUUGUGUAUAUGUGCCUGUACAUAUUGUGAAGAGGACUUGUUCUUUUUGUUUGGAUUUUUUUUGUUUUUCAACAGACUUACUCUCUCCAUUCAGGAGAAAUUGGGAGCCAAAAUGUUGAAAUGAGUGAAAUUUGUAUCUGGAAAAAAUAAAGCUAUAAUUUUAACAAUGA